CGAGAGCAGAACACGUUGUUGGGUACUCUUCUCUUUUAUAUAGCGAACUACUGACACAGCCGAGCUCACUCAGUUUCAAUUCAUCAAUGGCGGCUACACAACCCCUCUCUCACUCCCAAUUCCUCCCCAGAACUCUAACUCGCUCACUGAACCAUAACUCUCUUUCUCAGUUGUCAUUUCUACCCCAAAGAUCUUCCCUUAAACCCCUAAAUCUUAGAGCUAUCGUCUCCCAAAACCCCUCAAAAACCUCAGCUCUAAACCCCGGAACAGCCCCAUUUCAGCACUGCUUCACCAAAUCCUCAGAUGGGUUUCUUUACUGUGAGGGUAUCAAGGUUCAGGACGUCAUGGAAUCUGUGGCGAGAAGACCUUUCUACCUUUACAGUAAGCCUCAAAUCACCAGGAAUGUUGAGGCCUAUAAAGAGGCUUUGGAGGGCUUGAACUCCAUUAUUGGAUAUGCCAUUAAGGCCAACAAUAAUUUGAAGAUUUUGGAGCAUUUAAGGCAGCAGGAUUGUGGUGCUGUGCUUGUCAGCGGGAAUGAGCUGAGGUUGGCUCUUCUAGCUGGGUUCGACCCCACUAGAUGUAUCUUUAACGGGAAUGGCAAGUUGUUAGACGAUUUGAUUUUAGCUGCGCAAGAAGGUGUUUUUGUUAAUAUUGAUAGUGAAUUUGACUUAGACAAUAUAGUAGCGGCUGCAAGAAUUGCUGGAAAGAAGGUUAAUGUUCUACUCCGGAUUAACCCCGAUGUGGACCCACAGGUCCAUGCAUAUGUUGCCACUGGGAAUAAGAACUCCAAAUUUGGUAUUAGAAAUGAGAAACUGCAAUGGUUUCUUGAUGCUGUGAAGGCACAUCCUGAAGAGCUGAAACUUGUUGGGGCCCAUUGCCAUCUCGGAUCUACCAUUACCAAGGUGGACAUAUUCAGGGAUGCUGCUGUCCUUAUGGUCAACUAUAUUGAUGAAAUUCGAGCUCAAGGUUUUGAAGUUGAUUAUUUGAACAUUGGAGGUGGACUUGGGAUAGAUUAUUAUCAUUCUGGUGCUGUCCUUCCUACCCCAAGAGAUCUAAUUAAUACCGUUCGGGAGCUGGUCCUUUCAAGAAAUCUUAAUCUCGUCAUUGAACCUGGCAGAUCACUGAUUGCAAACACUUGCUGCUUGGUUAAUCGGGUAACAGGUGUUAAAACUAAUGGAACAAAAAACUUCAUUGUAAUUGAUGGCAGCAUGGCUGAACUUAUCCGUCCUAGUCUGUAUGAUGCCUAUCAGCACAUAGAGUUGGUUUCUCCUACGCCACCUACUGCGGAGGUCUCAACUUUUGAUGUGGUGGGUCCUGUGUGUGAAUCUGCUGAUUUCCUGGGAAAGGAAAGAGAACUUCCAACCCCAGCCCAGGGAGCUGGUCUGGUGGUUCAUGAUGCAGGUGCUUACUGCAUGAGCAUGGCAUCAACUUACAAUCUGAAGAUGCGCCCUCCGGAGUACUGGGUUGAAGACGAUGGUUCACUGGCCAAAAUCCGUCACGGGGAAUCUUUUGAAGACCAUGUUCGAUUCUUCAAUGGGCUCUGAUUUCUAUUUUUUUUUAACUUUCAUUGUGCUGUUUGGUUAAGAUUUGGUUUGCAUUGGAUAUUGUAUCUCCAUACCAACUUGUUGCUCUGAAUCUGAUUGGAUGAUAAAUGAAAAAUUGAAAGGAAAAAAAGAAA